CCACGUGCUUUCAGUCUCCCACAAUUCUAAGGUUAAAACGUAGGGAAGUGAUUUUCGUUCAUGCGAGAAUUAUGACUAAAAAGAAGUUUAGACAUUUGGGUGAAUGGAAACCAUUGAACUUGGAAGGUUCUGUACUUUCCGGUGAUGUUGAUGGUUUAAUCGGUAUCGAGGAGUUAACCGAUUACAAAUUAGAACAUGAAUAUGAUAAAAGAAAGAUUGUAAUUAGUAAUGGUAAAAGUAGCAACCAGACAGCUAAGGUAUCACCAAAACGUAAACUUUCUAAUAGAUGGCAAGAGGAAGACGUAGAUACUAAUGAAUCACGAAAGAAAGCAAAAGUACCGAAAUCUCAACAAGUAAAUCAUAAAGGAACGAAUAAUAAGAAAAGAGUGAAAGAUCCACUUCCUACAAAUGAAAUACAUAAAUCUGAAGAUGAUCUGAAUGAAAGUGAUGACGAUGAGAAUGUUCCUGAUAUGCAACAGUGGAGUAUGUUAGGUGUACCAACGCCUGUACUAAAGGCAUUGAAGGAUCAACAAUUUUAUCAGCCUACACCUAUUCAAGCUUUAACUCUGCCACCGGCAAUAUUGGGACACAGAGAUAUCCUGGGUGCUGCUGAAACUGGCAGUGGAAAGACGUUAGCAUUUGGCAUACCAAUUAUAAAUGGUAUCUUAGAAUUAAAGAAUAAGGACUCGGAUAAAUCAGAUGCAGAAUCUAGUUCAGCCAGUACAAAUAUUGUGAACAAAGGUUGGAUUUGUUCAGACACUAAAGUUGAACAGGAUGAAGAUAGUUCUUUGGAAUCUGAUUACGAGGAAGAAGAUGUAAAUGAAAAUAGUGUAGGCUGUGUACGUGUAAUUAAUAAUGUCGAAUUAGAGAAACCACGGAAUUAUGCAAGCAAACCUCUGUACGCGUUAAUAUUGACCCCAACUCGUGAAUUGGCUAUUCAGAUUAAAGAUCAUUUGUCCAAAGCAGUCAAGUAUACAGAUAUAAAAAUAGCAGUGGUAUUAGGAGGAAUGGCUGCAGUUAAGCAAGAGAGACUAUUAAGCAAAGGUCCUGAGAUCGUAAUUGCUACACCUGGUAGAUUGUGGGAAUUGAUUCAGCAGGGCAACCCACAUCUCAGUCAAGUGGAUUCUGUCAAGUAUUUGGCUAUUGAUGAAACAGACAGAAUGUUAGAAAGGGGCCAUUUCCUAGAAUUGCAACAAUUGUUGGAGAAGAUAAAUACUAAUGAAAAAAUGUCGAACGCGAGGCAAACAUUCGUAUUCUCUGCCACGUUAACUAUGGUCCACGAUAUUCCAGAAUACUUGCAGAGGAAAAAGAGAAAACACGUCAAGAGUCGAAUACACAAGCUUACGUCCGGUCAAAAGUUACAAAAGAUUAUGGACUUGGUGGGAAUUAAGAAUCCGAAAAUCGUUGACGUUACAAAAGAAUCAGGUACCGCGAGCAAUCUAACGGAGUGUCGAAUAGCGUGUACGAUAGAUCACAAAGAUUAUUAUUUGUAUUACUUUUUGAAAAGACACGCCGGCAGAACGUUAGUGUUCUGUAACAGCAUCGGUUGCGUAAAACGCUUGGCUACACUUUUCGGUAUACUCGAAUGUAAACCAUUACCAUUGCACGCGAGUAUGGCGCAAAGGCAGCGAUUAAAGAACUUGGAAAGGUUUCAAGCGGACGAGGACGGACUGUUGAUAGCUACCGAUGUAGCCGCGAGAGGUUUAGAUAUUCCAAACGUCGAGCACGUGAUACAUUAUCAAGUUCCCAGAACGAGCGAGAGCUACGUGCAUCGAAGUGGACGAACAGCGAGAGCGCAGAAAGAAGGCAUAACUGUUCUUAUGAUGGAACCGUCGGAAAAACAAAAUUACAGUAAAUUGUGUAGAACUCUCGGUCGUACGGAAGACUUACCCAUGUUCCCUGUGGUCGAUCGGCUGCUGAUUGCUGUUAAGGAAAGGGUUGAUAUUGCCCGAGAAAUUGACAAGUUGGAGUUGAGAAGUCGCAGGGAUAAUUCACAAAAGGGCUGGCUACGCAAGGCAGUUGAAGACAUGGAUUUGGUUCUGGAAGAGGACGAAGAGGAAUUAGCGUCGGAUAUAAAGGAGACAGCAGAUUUGAAGCAUCAAUUGAAAGUAAAGAAGCGACAAUUGGCAUCUCUUAUGUCGAAACCGCUGUUUCCAAAAGGAUUUUCAGGGAAAUAUCCUGACAUUAAUGUAGAAUUAAAAAUGAACGAGAAUAAUCAGAAAGCCGUGGAUAUCAUGAAGAAAGUAAUAGAAGAAAUUCCAAGGAAAAAGAAAGAAAGAAAUAAGAAAUCUUCAGGCGCGAGGAGACUAUUUAAAACUAAAUCUUCGAAAAGGAAAAAAGUAUAAUUUGUAUUUUUCUAUGCAAAAUAAAGAUGUUCAUAUUCUUUACGCA